ACUAAACUUUGUUCUUAAUUUUUUUUUGGUAGAGUAAAAUUGUACGUCAAAUAAAAAUGGUGGAUAUAGCAAGUAAUCUGAAAAUUAUUUGCGAUAAACUUGUUGCUGCCUCUGCAAAACGAGCACCGGAAUUUCAACAUUUUCAACCUAAACUAGUGGCAGUGAGUAAAUUUCAUCCUUCAGAAGCAGUAAUAAAAGCUUACGAAGCAGGACACAGGCAUUUUGGUGAAAAUUACGUUAAUGAAUUAUCAGAAAAGGCAAACAAUGCAGAAAUUCUAGAAAAGUGCAAGGAAAUAAAGUGGCAUUUCAUUGGACAUUUACAAAGGGGUAAUGUUAAUAGACUAUUGAAAGUGGAAAAUCUUUAUCUGGUUGAAACUGUUGAUAGUGAAAAAAUUGCUGCUGCCCUUGAUAAUGCUUGGCCAAAAUUUAGAAAAAGCGAUGCCAAGUUGAAAGUUAUGGUCCAGGUUAACACCAGCAGAGAAGAAGCCAAGAGUGGUUGUGAAGUAGAAAAUGCAUCAUCAAUGGUAAAGUAUGUACUAGAGAAAUGUUCGAAUCUGGAAUUUACUGGGCUAAUGACCAUUGGAGAAUAUGGCUAUGAUGUAUCUCAAGGUCCUAAUCCAGAUUUCUUGACUCUGGUGGAGUGUAAAAAAAAGGUUUGUGAGGAAUUAGGUCUCAAUAGCAAAAGAGUGGAUCUGUCAAUGGGAAUGUCUACUGACUUUGAACAUGCUAUUGAAUUAGGAAGUUCACUGGUCCGUGUUGGAACUGCCAUAUUUGGGGAUCGGCCAAAGAAGUCAGACUAGUUUUAUAAAGUAACAUUUAUUUUAAAAACGGAGACGCAGUAUG